ACAACGCUAACUUGUCAAAGUGAAUAACAAUUGGUGUUUGCAUGUCACAAUUAUUUAUUAAACUUGUACAUUAAUAAAGUUUAUUUGUUACAUUUAUUAUUAUAAUGCUAAAGGAAUUGAAUGUCGAAGGUAAAACGUACUUCUUUGAGUGCGCAGUGCAGGGAGAUGUAAUAGAAUACUUUUUGUAUGAUUCCAAUGAAAACUGGACGGCAGUGAAAACUCAGGAGGAGGUGGCUCAGACUUUGCAGUUGCUGAAUAAACGCAUCAAGUACGAUGUGGCUACAGCCUACGAUACUAUGCAAAAUACGCAACCAGAAUCAGCUAAUUGGUUGGUGAAAGAUCAUGGAGUCGACGCGUCUACUGCCAGCGAGCGUAUAUUGACACUGAAAUAUCGUGUCAAAGGUUGCCCAUUCAAGUUUGAAUGGCGUUUAAAGCGAGAAGAUAAGUCACUUACUAUCACACUGCCAGUAAACGAGGUUACCAGUUUAGUAGACCGCUUGCCAGUGCAAAUCGAAGAGCUAUUGGAAGUUUUACGGCGCAAAGAAGAUGAAAUAAUUCAGUAUCGAACAGAGUAUGGCAGUCUGCGGCGAUCAACUGUUGCCACAAACCCGUUUGAUGUUAACAAGUUUCGUGAACGUUACGCUGCAACUGAUAUGAAAGUAAAGAUAUUGCAAAAGCUUAUAGCACGUUGGCGGGUUGAGCAUGGGCAAACCGAUUCAACGCAGGCCGCAGAAAUCUCCCAAAGCAACACAU